GCGCUUCUCAAGAUGGCCUCGUUCGUCGCCGCACUCCUGCUGUCCGCUGCGGCAUCCCUGGCGCCGACAUUUCCCCAAGAUGCUCACCUCAGGCACGCCAGGGCCAGCAAUGCUUUCGGCGUUGCCCUCUUCAAGGAACUCUGUUCGAAGACGACAGACCGGAAUGUCGUCUUCUCGCCAGCGAGCGUCAGCAUCGCCUUGGGAAUGUUGUAUGCCGGAGCUAGCGGCAAGAACCUCGGGGAACUGUCAACCGUUCUCGGACUCUCGGACGCCGGACUCGUCGACAGGGACGCCGUGCUGUCGGCCUACAAGUCGCUCGUCGAGACCAAGUCAGCCAACGCCACGCUGGACAUCGCCAACAUCGUACUGAUUCAGAAGGACUUCGAGGUCCUUGAGCAGUACAGGAAAGACGUCGCCAAGUACUUCCAUGCAGGAGCGCUGUCGGUGGACUUCUUUCGCGACGCCCAAAGAGUGGCGGCCGAAAUCAACGACUGGGUGAAGAAGAAGACCAGGGGGGAAAUCCCCAAGCUCCUGGACGUCGCCCCGCCGAUGAACACCGUGGCGUUUCUCAUCAACGCCAUCUACUUCAAGGGCAUGUGGGAGACCACGUUCCAGGAUCGCGACACCAAGCCGCUCGCCUUCUACAACCACGGCCAAGACGAAGUGAAGGUGGCCACCAUGUCAGUUCGUCGGCGCUUCGGUUACGCAGUGGUGGAAGAACUGGAGGCGAGGGCUUUGGAAGUGCCUUACGCCGGAGACCGAUUCAGCAUGGUCGUCAUGCUUCCCAAUAGCAGGACCGGGCUGUCGACGGUCGAGACCCGCCUAACGACAGACCUGGUGGAGAAGAUCGCGAACCGUCUGACGCUGAGGGACGUUCAGCUGUGGCUGCCCAAGUUCAAGCUGCAGACCGAGUACGACUUAGUGGAGCCGCUUCGCAGGCUUGGACUCAUAAGUGCCUUUGGCAAAGGUGCGGAUUUUUCUGGUAUCAGCGCCAGAAACGAUUUGCAGGUGUCCGACGUGGUGCACAAGGCUGUGGUCGAAGUUAGCGAGGAAGGCACUGUGGCUGCUGCCGUCACGGCGGUACGUGUCUCCUUCAAGAGCGGUGGAUUCGUUCGGCUACCUCCUCCUACUCCUUUCCGCGUCGAACACCCAUUCGCGUUCUAUAUUUGGGACAAAGUUGACAAGCGAGCGCUUUUCAUGGGAGCUAUUAGAAGUCUUCAAUAAUGCUUCAUUGUAUAUGUACGCCUGCGAAAUGCCUCAAACGCUUCCUAUAUACGGAUCUAGGAGCAAUUCGCAAGCGUGCGUUCGUUCACUUUAAACUGUACCCGAGACUUUGCUUUCACCACCGUUGCUAAUAUUCAAGGCUCUGCUUUAAACAAGGAUUCCCAAGUUUUCUAAUUUUUCUUGAAAGAAGGCAACCAGGCGGAGAAUUACCGGCGAGUUGUAGAGGGCAACAAAUUUGCGUGUGACCAACAUUUCCAGUUUCGUCCUGCUCCUCGUAUGGACCAAUAAAUCAUUUUGUACGGAUAGAGAACUGGUUUAUAGUUUGGUAUCAUUGGGUCAGGAGACGUAACAGCAACAAUAGAGAAAGAACUAAGCAGGUCGACAGCAUGCCGCCUGAAUGGGCGCAAUGUCCUCCAUGUAUGACUUGUUGAGCUUUAAUAGCGCAUACAUUUAGCGUGUUCUCCGCACGAUUGAAUUCUUGGGCAAUCUCCCUGAGUGGUUAUGCUUCAUAUGUUUGAUGUCAUUGCGCUCAUAAUGCUAAAACUUAGUAUGUGGACAACUGGGCACAUGUAAAGAGAAUUGCCGAUAGUGGGGCAAUAUUUUUUCUUCUUUC